CCAGCCGCCGCUUCCGGGCGCGGCCGCCGCGCAUGCGCGCUUUGCUGCCGUCCCGGCGUGCCCCGCGCCGCGCUAUGGCCGCGCGCCUGCUGCUGCGGGCGGUGAGCGCUGUGCGGCCCGGGCCGGCCCGCGGCUACGCCAAGAAACCGGGUGUGAAGGUGAAGGGGAAGAGCGCGCCGAAGGAGCAGCUGAAGGGGCCGGAGGUGUGCACGGACCCCGUCACGUUGGCCAACUACGCCGUGGGGGUCAACUACCUGAAGGACAGCCCCGAGGUGGCCCUGAAGCCCGACUCUGAGUACCCCGAGUGGCUGUUCCAGAUCCACCUGGGGCCCCCCAAGAAGCUGGAGGAGAUGGACCCCGACUCCCUCGAGUACUGGAGGCGCCUGCGGAAGUACAACUCGUGGCAGCGCAACAAGCUGAAGAAGAGCAGGAAGCUGUGAGCAGCUGUAACGAGGCUGCGGCGGCAGGUGCCAGCGUGGGUGGCUCUGGGGCAGCUCCCACUGCCAGUCCUGUCUUCUCGCUACAGACUGUCAAUAAAUCUCAGCUGAGGCCGAUGCCUGUCAUGGAGGCUGAGGCAAACACAA